GGUCAGCGCGGAAGCGCUCAACAUCCUCCUUGAACAUUCAUGAGCGCAAUUAAGGUUGGCGUUAUCACAGUCAGCGACACGGCGUCGGUGGACGCAGCUGCAGACAGAUCGGGUCCAACGAUCCAGGAGAUCGUUCGGCAACGAGGGCACGGUUGCACACGCUCGGCGAUUCUUCCAGAUGAUGAGCAACGAAUAAGGGAGACAGUAAAAGACUGGUGCUACGACGUCGAAACUCCUGUUGACUGGAUCAUCUCCACGGGGGGAACGGGAUUCGGCGUGCGCGAUCGGACACCUGAAGCGAUUGCCCCUUUAUUGGAGCGCGAGGCAGCAGGAAUCGUUCAUCUACUGCUGGCCGAGUCGUUAAAGCGCACUCCGCUGGCAGCACUAUCUCGACCUGUCGCAGGCACAGUAGGAAACACUCUUGUCAUCACACUUCCUGGCAGUGUGAAGGCAGUCAAAGAAAACAUGGAGGCUUUGUUUGCACAUGGGUUCAUUGAACAUGCCAUCGAUCUCAUCAGAGGAGGAACUGGCAAGCAGGUGCAUACUGCUAUGGGGAAUUCGGGACAUGGUGGAGCCCCGCACCACCACCACCACCAUCAUGAUCACCGCGAGCCUCAGCCUCGGUCAAUUUUAUCUCAUGAUCCUUCUUUGCCUGUUUAUGCUCGUCAUCGCGUUUCACCAUAUUCGCAAAUAUCCCUCGAGGACGCUCUGAAUAUCAUCAUGAAUGAAAUUCAACCACUGGGUGUGGUAUCUCUUCCUGUGACACCUGCGCUGGCUGGUAACAUCCUCGGCGAAGAUGUCUAUGCUCCGCAAAAUGUUCCUUCAUCAAAAACUACCAGCGUAGAUGGCUAUGCGCUUCGCUCGUCUGACCCUCCUGGAACGUACAAGGUUUUGACGUCUAGAACUCACGCCUUGACCGAUAUUCUUCCCGAGGGAUCCAUUUUUCGAAUUAACACGGGAGGGCCCCUCCCAGCAGGAACUGAUACGGUGAUCAUGGUUGAAGACACUGAGCUAUUAUCCACCGCAAAGGAUGCGAAUGGACAGGAUGCAGAAGAAAAAGAGGUGAAAACUCUCGCACAGGUCCCGCCAAACGACAAUAUCCGAGAACCAGGCUCUGACGUACACAAGGGUGACCUUGUGCUUCAGAGAGGCGAGGUCCUGACAAGUCUCGGAGGCGAAGUCGGGACCCUCACGUUUGUCGGGCGAAAAGAGGUCAAAGUGCAUCGCAAGCCCGUUGUCGCUAUUCUGAGCACGGGAAAUGAGCUUCUAGACCUCCAAUCUCCUAACCCACUUCCCUCUGAUGGUUGGGGAGGCAUUUGGGAUACUAACCGGCCCUCACUACAGGCAGCUCUCCAAGGAAUGGGAUAUAAUGUUAUUGACCUUGGGAUUGUUUCCGACGACAUCGACGCGCAUGUGAAAGCAAUAAAACAAGGUCUUGAAAGUGCCGACCUUUUACUCACGACAGGCGGGACAUCCAUGGGAGCAAGCGACCUUCUCAAACCUGUAAUCGAACGUCAGUUCGGGGGCACAAUCCAUUUUGGACGGGUGUCGAUGAAACCUGGAAAGCCAACUACGUUUGGAAGUAUCCCUACAGCGCAAGGAGAACAUGAGAGGAAAUUCAUAUUUGCUCUCCCCGGUAACCCCGCCUCUGCCCUGGUCACAUUCUACGUCUUUGUCAUACCAGCGUUGCGGAAGCUUGGCGGAUGGUCUGGUGAAAGAUGCCACCUACCCCGCGUACGUGUGAAGCUGGGAGAUGCCAUGCGAUUGGACCCUCGUGUUGAAUUCCAUCGUGUGAUCGUGAAAGCUGGGGAGGAAGGUUUACUAGCAACGAGUACAGGUGGCCAGAGGUCGAGUCGGGUUGCAAGCCUGAGCGGAGCGAAUGGCCUUGUGCAACUGCCAACAAAAAGGGAAGGUGGGCCGGAUAGAUUGGAAGUUGGGAGUUAUGCAGAUGCUGUCAUUAUCGGAGAACUGCAGAUGUAAAUCCUACAUUGGCAUAGUCACGCAUCACUAGGAAUGUUCACAAUGAAAUCAAGCUCAAAGUCCUGUAG